CGUGACAGCAGUCUAGAUGCAAGCAACAGCGACGCACUUUUGAGCCGCAGUUUCCUGAAAUUGUUGAAAGCUAUCCUAUGGCAGUAUCAGCUUCUGACAUCUGAACUAUCUUCUACCUCGUCAUCUAUAGUUCAAGCAAUGCAAUAAGCCCCACCACCAAUCCACUCUUCCACAGCCUCGACUCGCCCAUCCAGCUCGACGCGUCUGGGACAUGGAUUGCUUACAAAUAUUACCAAGUAUUCCAUUAUAAACCACAAAGUACUCAGGCCCUUCGUAGAAUGCUCUACAAUGACACAGCACUUGUACAAACACUUCGCGGAGAUCGGCAGGCAUGUUGUCUCCACCACGUCGAACACAAAUUUCGCAGCCUCGAGAACCAUCGAUUCCUUCCAAACAGGCUGAGCCAAGAUGAAUCAUUUUUUGGGCUAUAAAGUCACCUUGAGUAUCCAUCUUGAAAAUAUGGGUCGACAAUGAGGGUCUUUCGAUCUUGUGUUUACUGUGAUACGACCAAUUAAAAUGUGAGCGAAUCUCUGUAAACAGUAACUAUGGGGCGGAUACUGGACAAAGUGGCUCCAAUGUUCUCCAACACUGCCUCUGACGCUCUUCUGAGUGGGCAUCGUUUGUGUUGGCUUAAUCCACCCUCUGUUUACCAGCCCCCCAUAUAUGACUCUGCUCUGUCAAGGUUGUGUACGAUGUACUAAUCAACUUGAUUCUUGCUAUCUUCUGCAUUCACAACACUUUCUGCAAACUUCACGCAUCACACAACAAAGCUUCGGAGACACUGCCGCUUCCGUUCACUAUGGCAUCAUCGCAACAAGCAGCCCAGAAAUCUCCAUGGCAAGAAUUGAGCAUAGCGAAUACGGCAGUUCCGUACUCAUUGCAACCUCAAAUGACUCAGCCAAACACACAGCCGUUUCCGUCCUUCACAAUAUCGCCACAGCAAGCAGCCCAGCAAGCUCCAUGGCAAGAACCGAGCAUACCAAAGGCGGCAGCGCCGUACUCAUGGCCAUCUCAAAUGAAUCAGCUAAACACAUUGCCGUUUUCAUCAAUUACAUCAUCACCACAGCAAGCAGCCCAGAAAGCUCCAUGGCAAGAACCGAGCACACCGAAUGCGGCGGCACCCUACUCAUGGCCACCUCAAACGACUCAACCGAACAUACCGACAUUUCCGUCCAUCAUAGUAUCACCACAGCAAGCAGCCCAGCAAGCUCCAUGGCAAGGACCGAGCAUACCAAAGACGGCAGCGCCGUACUCAUGGCCAUCUCAAAUGAAUCAGCUAAACACAUUGCCGUUUUCAUCAAUUACAGGAUCACUACAGCAAGCAGCCCAGCAAGCUCCACGGCAAGAAUCGAGCAUAAAAAAUGCGGCGGUACCGUACCCAUGGCCGCCUCACACGACUCAGCCAGCCCAAAUGCAUGUAAUCUCGUCAAACACUACUACGAACUCACCACUUCAGAUGAUCAAUAUUUUUGGGCCCAAGGUAGAAAUUCCAAAGCCCAAAAAGCCUAACGGGCUGUUCAACGUUUACGACGACGAUCGAUUCUCAAAUCGGGAGUGGAAGUUAAUUCGAGGCAAGUUCAACUACCGCCCAGGCAAAAGACCGGCCAACGAUCCUAGGCCAAAAGACGUCAUGUUAGUCCUCAGUGGAAAGGUUAAAAAAGCAUCCCCUGAAGCACAAGCUCUCAAGAAGACACGCAAACAAGCUGCUCAAGCCAAAGUCGCCGCUCAAGAUGCACUCCAGAGCCCGAGCGAACCUGCGUCUUCAUCAGCAUCCCCCCCUACAACAGCGCCUCCUGCUCAGCUUGAAAGCGUGCAGACCUCGCCUAGCUUGGAGCUUCAGGAUACAAUGUCCACAACUCCCUUCCCCUCGGCCGACAAACCGAAGGUGUCGGAUACUGAUAACAAUCCGGCUAUCACUAGCGAACUCCCCAGUGUGACACUGUCUUCAAGUAGCGAGUUUGAUGAUUGGUUUCCGAUCGUUUCGAACGUGCCCCCAACACCUCCGCUGUUUUCGGACGGCGAGUUGGUAGAUUGUUCUCCGAUCAAUUGGAAUGAGAUUCCCAGUUCAGUGAUGUUCUCAAAUGGCGAAUUUGAUGGAUUCAGUUCUGUCUUUGAAGGAAUUGCGUGGGACUGUUUGGAUAAUUCGUGGUUUGACAGCUAG